AGGCCACCAUGGAGCAGUGUGCAUGCGUGGAGAGAGAACUGGACAAGGUCCUACAGAAGUUCCUCACCUACGGGCAGCACUGUGAGCAGAGCCUGGAGGAGCUGCUGCACUACGUGGGCCAGCUGAGGGCUGAACUGGCCAGCGCAGCCCUCCAGGGAACGCCUCUCUCAGCUACCCUCUCCUUGGUGAUGUCCCAGUGCUGUCGGAAGAUCAAAGACACCGUGCAGAAACUGGCUUCGGACCACAAGGACAUUCAUAGCAGCGUCUCCCGAGUGGGCAAAGCCAUAGACAGGAACUUUGACUCUGAGAUUUGCGGUGUAGUCUCCGAUGCAGUGUGGGACUCCAGGGAAAAGCAGCAGCAGAUCCUGCAGAUGGCCAUUGUGGAGCACCUGUACCAGCAGGGCAUGCUCAGUGUUGCCGAGGAGCUGUGCCAGGAAUCAACACUGAAUGUGGAUUUGGACUUCAAACAGCCUUUUCUAGAGUUGAAUCGAAUCCUGGAAGCUCUGCAUGAACAAGACCUGGGCCCUGCCUUGGAAUGGGCUGUCUCCCACAGGCAGCGCCUAUUGGAGCUCAACAGUUCCCUGGAGUUCAAGCUGCACCGCCUGCACUUCAUCCGCCUCCUAGCAGGUGGUCCUGAGAAGCAGCUGGAGGCCCUCAGCUAUGCCCGGCACUUCCAGCCCUUUGCUCGGCUGCAUCAGCGUGAGAUCCAGGUGAUGAUGGGUAGCCUAGUAUACCUACGACUGGGCUUAGAGAAGUCACCCUACUGCCACCUCCUGGACAACAGCCACUGGGCCGAGAUCUGUGAGACCUUCACCCGGGAUGCUUGUUCCCUGCUGGGGCUUUCCGUGGAGUCCCCCCUCAGUGUGAGCUUUGCCUCUGGCUGUGUGGCCUUGCCCGUGCUGAUGAACAUCAAAGCUGUGAUUGAGCAGCGGCAGUGCACUGGGGUCUGGAGCCACAAAGAUGAGCUACCGAUUGAGAUCGAGCUAGGCAUGAAGUGCUGGUACCACUCCGUGUUUGCCUGCCCUAUCCUCCGCCAGCAGACGUCAGACUCGAACCCUCCCAUUAAGCUCAUCUGCGGUCAUGUGAUCUCCCGUGAUGCACUCAACAAGCUCAUUAAUGGAGGAAAGCUCAAGUGUCCCUAUUGUCCCAUGGAGCAGAACCCAGCAGAUGGGAAACGCAUCAUCUUUUGA